AACCUCUAAAUCCCGUGAUUCGAAUUUGGAACAUAGUCCGGUGAAAAAAAUUAAAAUGGAAGUUGAUGAUGAAGGUGAAAAGACCAGAUCUGUUGCCACCAUGUGUGGGGCUUGGCGACCUGAGGAAGUGGAUGGUGGCCUAAUCUUUGUUUUCAAAGAGCGAGUGCCCUGUCUUAGCCCUGAUCCAACCAAAGAAUGCGACUUUCCUGAGAACAUUGAGGACUUCUGGGAGGCGAGCCUUGUAAACGUCGAUAAUAUCAAGGGCGAGAAAGACAACGGCAAAAACUGUAUUCUAUCCUGUGAGAAGCGAAAAGCCGACGACUCCGACAUUAACAAAGACUUGAAGAAGGCGAAAUUGGAAACAAAGGCGUUAAAAGCGAAAAGGCCCGGCUUUACAGACGAUAGAUACAACGAGACCUCGUAUUAUAUUGAAAAUGGUCUCAGAAAAGUAUACCCCUACUACUUCACGUUCACAACAUUUACCAAAGGAAGAUGGGUGGGCGAGAAGAUCCUUGAUGUGUUCGCCAGAGAGUUCCGCGCCCACCCCGCAGCUGAGUACGAGAGAUGCAUCAGGGCUGGCACCCUCACAGUCAACUACGACAGGGUUGAUCCGGACUACAGGCUAAAGCACAACGAUUUACUCGCAAACGUCGUUCAUAGGCACGAAGUACCAGUGACCAGCCAACCGAUCACCCUCGUACAUAUCGACGAGGACAUUGUGGUUGUCAACAAACCAGCCUCUAUCCCCGUACAUCCAUGCGGUCGGUACCGGCACAACACUGUUGUAUUUAUCCUUGCUAAAGAAUAUAACCUCAAAAACCUCAGGACAAUUCACAGACUCGACAGGCUAACAUCUGGUCUCCUAUUAUUCGGAAGGAGUCCGAAGAAAGCGAGGCAAAUGGAACACCAGAUCAGAAAUCGACAGGUGCAGAAAGAGUAUGUUUGUCGAGUAGACGGCGAGUUCCCGGAUGAUGAAAUCGAAUGUCAAGAGCCGAUUGAAGUAGUCAGCUAUAAAAUCGGCGUGUGCAAGGUGUCGCCCAAGGGCAAGGAUUGUUCAACGGUGUUCAAACGUCUAGGAUUCAACACGAGGACCAACACUAGCGUUGUGCUGUGUCGCCCCAAAACCGGCAGAAUGCAUCAGAUUAGAGUGCAUUUGCAGUAUUUAGGUUACCCAGUAGUAAAUGAUCCGUUAUACAACCACCCAGUGUUCGGCCCGCUUCGAGGUAAAGGGGGAGAUACGGGCGGAAAGACAGACGAACAGCUUGUACGGGACUUGAUAGCCAUACAUAAUGCUGAAAACUGGCUAGGAGUGGACGCAGCAGAUGACGACUUGCUAUUUUCCAAACCUGCUUCAGAUGAUAAAGUUGGUGAGGAUGAAUGCGAUACCGGACCAGCGUCAAGAGAAUCUUCACCAAGGCUUGAAUCGCCAGCGCCUGGAUUAACUCCAUCUACUGUGAUGACUCCAACGCUGGCAAGUCCUUCAAGUGGUGCAGAGGCUCCAAUGGAAGUGCCCACGCAGCCUUCGCCUGUAGCCUCGCCGUCACUGAAUGAAGACUCCAAUGACGCCAAAUCUGACAAAGUAACAGUAGCGACGCAGACCGGCUGCUCACCGGCAUCCAUAGCGCCUGCAUCUGGUGGCGCAACCGGCGGCGCGACCGCGGUGACCAACGCUGGCAGCUCGAGCGGCGACGCGCUGACACCGGACCCACAUUGCUACGAGUGCCGCGUGCGGUACAGGGAUCCACGACCCAGGGACCUCGUCAUGUAUCUACACGCUUGGAAAUACAAGGGCCCCGGUUGGGAGUACGAAACGGAGCUUCCACAAUGGGCGAGCAUCGAGUGGGAGGAGCCUGAAAGCUCAUAGUUACACGUUCUGACGCCACUGCGGAUGCGCCUCGCCACCACUCUGCACAUCUCCAACAGACCACACCAAUAACAUACUGAUUUAAUAGAAAACUAAUCACUUUAUAGGACAAAAUUUUGGGAGCGAUCAGUGAGACAAAGAAUUAAACUUUUACAUGAAAAUAUUUACGUCCUUGUGGUUAAUGCGACAUUGUGGCCCCUCUAUUGUACACAACUAAAAUGCUAAAGGUCUAAAGAUAUUGCUAUCCCUUUUACAAUGCUUGGUACAGAAAAGGAUAGCUUUAUACAUAGACCUUCAUUUAGAUUAGAGAUUGUGUGUAACGAUGUAUGUAACGACGCACCCCUGACUUUUAAAUGAACUUUCAGGAUUCAAAAGUUUAUAAGUUUUAGGUAUAUUGUUGCCACCUCACUCGUAACAAGCUAUGAGUAAAAAGUACCAUUCUCAAAUAUACCACAAAAACCUAUUUUUAACGACCAGGUUUUCAAAAGGCGACGCAACUAG